UCCUCAAAUUUUAGUUGUUAAAUGUUGUUCAGUGCAAAUAUAAAGUUCAAUUAAUAAAAUUUGAGCAACUGUUUAAAAAAUCACUGUCAAAGUAUGGCUGAUUUUAUCAUCAAAAAUGCAACUUUUGAAAAGAUUGUCAAAUUUAAUAAGAUGAGAGGAAAAUAUUCCUCAGAAAUUUUCUGGGAUGUGGUUGUGUUGAGUGCAUUAGACUGUGAUCAAAAAAAUGCGUUUGAAAUGCAAAUUAAAGAAAAAAUAGAGCGCAAAGAAUUGCCUUUGUCACCUACAUACCAUGUUAUGCAUGACCCUGUUGGUGUUAAAGUAGGAAAUGGUGGUGCUGUAAUUGCAAUAAUAGAUGAGCUCAAUCAAAUUUAUGGCGAAAAAUUGGAAACUCUUAAAGUGAUUAUUUUUUUAUCAGGUGGAUACAGUCAAAGGCUUCCUUCAGCAUCUGCACUAGGAAAAAUCUUUACUGCACUUCCUUUUGGUGAUCCAAUAUAUCAAAUGAUUGAAGUCAAGCUUGCACUGUUUGUUGAUUUUCCAAAAAGAAUGAAUGCUGGUAUAUUUGUAGCAAGUAGUGAUUGCUUCGAACUCUACCAUUUGGAUGGAGAUGAAUGGAAUUUUACAAGAGAAGGUGUAACUGCUCUUGCUCAUUGUUCUCCAAUUGAAGUUGGCUUGACACAUGGUGUUUAUGUUCUUGAUGAUUUAAAAUCAUCUCAGUUGUUAGAAAGCAAUAGUACUACAACAAAAAUGUCUGGAUGUAAGCGGUUUUUGCAUAAACCUUCUAAAGAAUUGAUGAGAAGCCAAGGUGCUGUUUUUAUUAAUGAUAGCAAAGAAUAUAUUUACUCAGAUAGUGCAUACUAUAUGGAUAAUAAUACCGCAAAGUUGUUGCUAAAUUGGUAUAAAAUGCAUGGCCCAUUAGCUUGUGAAAUAGAUGCAUACGGUGAUUUCCUACAAUCUUUGGGUUCAGCUGCUACUUCAGAUUAUUGCAGAGAUGUUAAAAAUGUUACAGUUGUACUUGAUGAAUUAGAAAAGACAAGAUUAGAAAUCUUUAAUGUAUUAAAAGGAACACCGCUUAAUAUUAUUUUACUUGAUAAAUCUAAGUUUUAUCAUAUUGGAACAACACAAGAAUAUAUAUACCAUUUUUGUAUUGACAAUGCAUUUAGAGAGGAAUUAUCAUGCUUAAAUCAUGUAAUGUUAAAAACUGAUAGUGGUGUACUGGGUGACAGGAGCAAACAGCAUAUACUGAUUCAUUCAUACAUCCCAGAUUUGUCUUGCAUCGGAAAUUGCGUUAUUGUUGAGUAUUCUAUUUUGAAUGCAGAUAAUAAAAUUGGUGAUAACUGUAUAAUUAGUAAUUGUUCCUUUCCAAAUGGAGCAUGUGUUCCAUCAAAUACAUUUUUACAUACAAUCCCAUUAUCAGAUUCAGGAAAAGUUUAUUAUGUGACACUUGUUUUUGAUGUCACAGAUGAUUUGAAAACUUCUGUUACGAGUUUUGAAACUGGCCAUUUGCAAUUUUGUGGAAAAACUUUAAAGGAACUUGUCUUUCUUUUACAUAUAAAUGAGCAGCAUAUAUGGCCCGAAACUUGUCCUUCACGAAAUUUAUGGAAUGCUAAAAUUUAUCCAGCUUAUUCUGAUCCAGCACAAUCUCUACAAGCUGCUAUUGAUAUUAAAACAAAUUUAUUAUGUCCAAACUUUUCAGUAUUCAACUACGGCGGUGUAUUAUAUUCUAUAUCUGAUGUAUUGAAGAAGAAAAACUUGUGUUGUAUGUUAGAUAUGAGAGCUAAACUAAGAGAUUUGAUUGAGAAAUAGGGUUUUUUUGUAAUAAAAUAAUUAAAGUCAAUAUUUAUAAUAUUUAAAUAUUUAAGUAUUUAUUGGUUUAAUGUUUGAAUAUAUCUUGAGUUUGUUAUUUCGCAUUUUACCUUUGUAGCUUUUUGUCUUUAUUCUUAGUUAAAACGUAAUUUAAAACUUGGUUAAAUU